AUGGAGGUGGCUGACGCUGUUUUGAAGCAUUUGGGUCAUUUUGGUAAUGAAGCUGUAUUAAUUGAUGAAGCUGAACUUCAGUGUCACCAACAGCUCCAAGAUCUAUACAGUUCAACAAAGGCAGCAAAGCAUUUGCAGAGGAAUAUUGUUCGUGGAAUUGAAGGUUUUAUUGCUACAAGCUCAAAGCUGAUGGAAAUAUCAAGAAAGUUAGCCGAAGAUUGUAAAAAAUAUGGAGUUGAGAAUCAAAGCAUUCAAUCUCCUCUUGCAAGGGCUUCUCUUCAAUUUGGAACUUCGCAUAAAUCAAUGGAAGAUGAGAGGGCAUCCUUGCUCGGUGUUCUUGCUGAACAG